AAUCGGGUCUGAGCAAGGGUAUUGCCCCUAACAAUCAUGGCGGGAGAGGCCUCUGUGAGGGCAGACUGAUUUAACACCCAAACCCGCGGCGGCCAGCAAAGACAGUGGUAGCGGCACGGCCCGGAGCAUGGAGGGUGGCAGCGCUGGCAGUGGUGGCAGCGAUAGCAGCCCCAGCGGUAGUGGCGGGGCGCAGCAAAGGGAGCUGGAGCGCAUGGCUGAGGUCCUGGUCACCGGGGAGCAGCUACGGCUCAGGCUGCAUGAAGAAAAGGUUAUUAAAGACAGGCGACAUCAUCUCAAAACCUACCCGAACUGUUUCGUCGCGAAAGAACUGAUUGACUGGCUGAUUGAACACAAAGAAGCUUCUGAUAGAGAGACGGCGAUUAAACUCAUGCAGAAAUUAGCCGACCGGGGCAUCGUUCAUCACGUGUGUGAUGAGCACAAGGAAUUCAAGGACGUCAAGCUCUUCUACCGCUUUAGAAAGGAUGACGGCACCUUCCCUUUGGACAAUGAGGUGAAGGCCUUCAUGAGAGGACAGAGGCUCUAUGAGAAGCUGAUGAGCCCUGAAAACACACUCUUGCAGCCCCGGGAAGAGGAGGGAGUCAAGUAUGAGCGCACCUUCAUGGCCUCUGAGUUCCUGGAUUGGCUGGUUCAGGAAGGCGAGGCCACCACAAGGAAAGAGGCCGAGCAGCUUUGCCACCGGCUUAUGGAGUAUGGCAUCAUACAGCAUGUGUCCAACAAGCAUCCUUUUGUGGACAGCAACCUUCUCUACCAGUUCAGAAUGAACUUCCGGCGGAGGCGAAGGCUAAUGGAGCUGCUCAAUGAAAAGUCCCCCUCCCAGGAAACGCAUGACAGUCCCUUCUGCCUAAGAAAGCAGAGCCACGACAAUCGGAAAUCUACCAGUUUUAUGUCAGUCAGCCCCAGCAAGGAGAUCAAGAUCGUGUCUGCGGUGAGAAGGAGCAGUAUGAGCAGCUGCGGCAGCAGUGGCUACUUCAGCAGCAGCCCCACCCUCAGCAGCAGCCCCCCUGUGCUCUGCAACCCCAAGUCCGUGUUAAAGAGACCUGUCACUUCUGAGGAACUCCUGACUCCCGGGGCUCCUUAUGCAAGGAAGACGUUCACGAUUGUUGGUGACGCUGUUGGCUGGGGCUUUGUGGUACGAGGAAGUAAGCCAUGCCAUAUCCAGGCCGUGGACCCCAGUGGCCCUGCCGCGGCUGCAGGAAUGAAGGUCUGUCAGUUUGUCGUCUCUGUAAAUGGGCUUAACGUGUUGCAUGUAGACUAUCGGACCGUGAGCAAUCUGAUUCUGACGGGCCCACGGACGAUUGUCAUGGAAGUCAUGGAGGAGUUAGAGUGCUGAGCAGGUGGACCACCCUUUGAGUGGGCUUCGGAUGAGCAAAGCCAAAACAACACAAAACAAUGCAACGCGAAGACUUCUAUACAAAUCUUUUCUUCGUACAUACACAUCUUCAUUCGAGUUUCAUACGCUGUUUGAAUGUAAAAGAACCUGCUAAAACAUCUUAAAAACAACAACUUAUGUCAGUGUAGAAAAAAAUUAGAGAAACAGAAUUUUCUUACUUGGUAGAAUUGCCUUAUUUGAUUUCUAUUUGUAGUUCUCAUCUACUGUGUUUUUGUCUUAGUUUGCAGAAAGUUGUUGAAAUGCUUCUCUAGCCAAAACAGCAACAUGCUAAAAUCCCCUUCUUUGAAGUCAGUAAAGUAGUUUUUAGACUUUAGAUUGUAUUCUCACCAAAAUGAGCAUUGAACCAUUUAUUAGAGGCUGUAGUUUCACUGAGCUUCAAAUUAAAGCAACAUUCAAAGAAAUAGUACCUGUUAAUUAGCAUUUUGAAGAAGGUUCGAAAACAUUCAAGUACUUAAAACCAAGUAAAAAGUGGCUUCUCCUUAACUCCUAUCCUUAGUAUCAACUUCUAACUGAUGUUUCAACUAUGGCAUUAGUUAAAAAACAAAAACUUUGGGAUGAUAUGGAUAGAUAAAUAGGGAGAUACUACUUAAAAUUGUUUGCUUUGUGUUCUCUAUCAGCGCCUAAAUCCAUUUUGCUCUAUCAGUUGGCUACAGUGGCUUUCUAGGAUCACUGCUCAAUAUGUUGAAUGUCAAAACAUAGAAGUAGGUUUAUACAUAUAUAAUUCAAUCAAUCCUCUGGCAAGAUUUCACUUUGAAGUCCUCCCUUUUUAAGUGAAGCAUUCUAGAGCUUGGCCCACAUUUGAUAAAACUUGAAAGUAAAUUGCCUUAUUGGCCUGAAUUUUUGCUAACUUUCUAGGGUAGCAUAUUCUAAGGACAUGACAUGCUGCUUAUUUGGUGGGAUUAUUUUUUCACCAGUAGCACCGUCUUGUGGUGGUGUAACUUUUCAGCUCGGUUGUAUAUAUGCAUGUUUCUUUCUUUCUUUUUUUCCUGUUCUAGAAGAGAAUGCAUUUGGAGGCUUGAUGUAUAGAGGAAAUUCCUCAAAGUGCCAAAUUAGGAAGUCAGGGAAUGCUAAAUUCUCCUAAUUUCAUGUGAUGUAUUCUGAACGACAAGGUUACUUUCUAAUGUAUUAACAAAAUAAGAGGAAUGUUGUACCUCAGCCAAUUUUUUGUGAUUAUAUGUGUGUGUGUGUGUGUGUGUGUGUGUGUGUGUGUUGUUUUUUUUUUCCUGGUAAUCCAACUUUUCUGAUCUGUAGCUUUAGUCAGAGAAUAGGAUUUUGAAGUAAUAUAGAAUGUCUAAUAGUAAUACUGUCGAUCUACUUUUGAGGAAUGUUAUUUCUCUAUACAUAUUAUUGUAUGUGCAUUUGUACUGUAUACCAGUCUCUGUGCCACAGCACUUAACUUAUAUGAUCUCUUUUAAUCCUCAUCACAACCCUGCAAGGAAGGUGUUAUCAUCCUCACCUUUUGGUUGUGGAAACUAAGUCUGAGCAAGUUUAAUAAUGGUGUCUAGGUUCACACAGCUGCAAGAACUACUAAGUGAUAUAGCCUGGAUUCAAACAUGGAUUUACUUAAUACUAAAGCCCAUGCUACCCACUUGCCCAAAGCCUGUCCAGCUUGAGAGACCUUCUGUUGAGGGCUUACUCUGUACCAGGUGCUGCGCUAAAACUAUACACUGCUUAUUCUUAUUGACCUGUGAGGUCAAUAUCAUUAUCCCCAUUUUACAACUGAGGAAACUGACUCAUAAAAAGGUUAGUCUUACGCCAAGGCCACACAACUAGCAGGUGGGAGUCUUUACCAUUCGACUUUAAAAUAUUUUUAUAACAUCUUUAAAAGAUGAGUCUUAAAUGCCUUCUGUCCCCAGGUAUCCAUUAAUGAACAAAAGAAGAAGGACCGCCUUUCAGGAAAUGGCAUGUCCUUCUUGCCUACUACUUACACGAGUAAACCCUGGCAUAACAUCACUUCCCUUUAGCCAAUUUAAGCACCAGAGAAGUGUCAGGCUUUAUUGACUCCACACAUCCUCUUGCCUGGGAAUUUUCUUUGAUUCAGAGGCUUUGGUCAAAUGAAUACCAAGGUGAAGGAAGGGAGAGCAUGAGGAAGAGAAGAAAGAAGGAAGGGACUGUUUUCUCCUUGGACUCCCGUCACCCUCCGUUUAAAGGCCAAAUGCUAGAGAAUUCUACUAAAGGCCAAGAGAGCUUCACCUUAGCUACACCUCCAUCCCACCCCUGACAUCCUCACACUGUAAUUAAAGUGAAUGUUCCCACUCCCCUAGGGGUCCCAUCUAGCUCCCUCCCGCCUUUGCACAUGCAGUUUCUCUUCCCUGGAAUAUCCUUCUAUCUUCUUCUUUGCCUGGAAAAAAUCUAUCUCAUUAACUGCCCUUAGAUAUUAUCUCUUCUAAGAAAUCUUUGUCAGCUCCCUAGUUCUGGGAUUGAUGCCUCUUCUCUAAAUUCCCAUGGACCCUUAUGUACCUCGUAUAAUUACAACACUGAUGACAUUUACCUGUCCCAUUCCAUGUCUGUCUGUCUAACUGUACUCUAAUCACCUGCAGAAGAGGGACUCUGUCUUGUUGCCCAGGUAUUCCCUUCACCUAGCACAGUUCCUGACACAGAGUAGUAUGUCAGCUAUCCAUUGCUAUCUAGUGAACCACCCACAAACAUGGCUUAUAACAAAGUUUAUUUACUCAUUAGACCAUGGGUUGGCUCUGCUGGGAUGGCCAGCCACGGCUCCAUGUGUUGCAGUGGGGUUCACACAUAUAUUUGUGGUCAGUGAGUAGGUUGACUGGGGGCUGGCAGAUCUUGGAUCUUUCCAUGCGGCUUCAUAUGACACAGUUGGCUGGGGCUGUUGGCUGGGGUGCCUCAGUUCUACUCCAUGUGGCCUUUCCCCUUAGCUAGCCCAGGUUUCCUCAUUAGGCCUCAUGAGAUCAAAGAGGGCGAGAAUGGAAACUACAUGACCUUUUGUGGACUUGGUUGGAAGUCACACAGUGUCACUUGCAUAGCAUUUUGUUGGCCAAAGCAAGUCACAAAACUAGGCCUGAAUCAAGAGGUAGGGAAACAGCCUUCACCUAUUGAUUGGAGGAGCUGCAAAGAAUUUGUGGCUGUUUUUAAUCCACCAAGAGUAGGUAUUCGCUAUUUUUUAAAUAAAGGACAAAGAAGUCACCUAGUGAUUGAAAGGCUUCAGCUAUCCAGAUGCAAAUUACUGAUCAACCAUUAGGUAGAAGUGUAAUACUGUGAAUAAAGCUCAGUGCCUAAUGAUAACUUCAAAAAUCAGAAAAUGCUAAAAUGCUAGAUAGUAGGUACUACAUGGAGUCAUGGAGAAUGUAGUUUGUUCUUUGCAGCCUGCUGAUGAGGAAACAGGUGUGGAAUCACCAGGUGGCAUGUCCAAACUCAUGAAGCUUGUUGGGUCCAGGGCCUGAGCCAAAUGCCAGUCUCCUGCCUCCCCACCCCCGCCUCCCCAGUCCUAUAUCCUUCACAGUAUAGACUUCUGUAGUGCAGGGUAAUUUGGUAAAAACAGGCCCUUGGCCUGGGUACUUUUAAAAUGCAAAUGGUGCGAUGUAUACAUGAAGGUGAAGGGUAUGUAUUUUAAAUAACUCAGGACUUGGGUUGUUAUAUCAUUAAAUAAGUAUUUUGUGUGAUAUUUUGACAGCUGAACUGCUUUAACAAUGAGAGAACCUAUCCCUAAAUGUAACUCCAAGAAUUACUCGAAAUUAGCAGUAAGCAGUAUUUCUAAGAGCUUUUAUGUCAUGUGUGUGUCUGUGUGUAGCAGUGUAUUGCGUGAGAGGUUUCAUUCAUUGAGAAUCCAUGAAAUGGCUUUCUUUGUACCCAGAGAAAAUACUUUUGAUUUUUUAGGUGUUGUGUAAUGUGUUCAGGUUUUUGUGAGGAAGACGGAAAUAGUUGUUGUUGCUUUUUUUUUCUUCAUUAGCACAGUAUAUGGUGUCAGUGCAAAUUUGAAAUCCCAUGUUUGUUAAUUCUGCUGUAGAGAGAAAAAUGCAAUUGACAUUUGGGUUGGUCCUAUUGUCUGAUGUUUUCUUAUUAAACUCUGUUAAAUAACUGUAUAAAUUGAUAAGGGGACUAGUUGAGAAAUGAUGGAAAACAUGAAGACAAUAUCCAUGUCUGAGUAGAUUAGAUGUGAUCAACUUCACACUGUCUUAUAAAAAGGUGAAUACGUUGGAGUGGUAGCAGUUAAUAAUUUCAAAAUCAUUGCUUUCAGUUCAAAAUGGAGUCUCACAUUUUCAUAUACUCAUUCCUUUCAAAUAUGCUGUGAAAAUAAUCCACUUUCAAGACCUAUUUUAAAUCAGUGAUAUUAACUGUCCUCUCAUAGUGAGUAUUGUAUUAAUCCUGUAUCAUUUUGAUUAUAGAUGAUCAAAAUAACUGUUUUCAGUUUUGCUAAUUGGUUAGAGUCUACUGAUACCAGUGCCCAUGGUUUUCUCAUUUAAGACAGAAUUUCAGGUAUGUUUUUCCUCAGUUUAAUACCAAAAGGGAAAAUCUACAGUGUAUCAAAAUGAAGGUCAUCAUCAACGUUAACACAUGGUAUUACCAAAUGCACUAAUAUGUGUACUUAAUAUAUAUGUUUAUUUUAAAAUUAGGUUGAAAUUUAUGUUCUCCCUUUCUUCAAAAUUAUAGCAUACUGCUAAAAUUAGAAGAUGAAAAUAGAAUACCAUGAAAUAAAUGUUAGUUUUGUUUUAAAAAAAUGACUUUAUUUCAGCUUUUCCUGUCUUUUAGAACAAAUUAGUUAUUUUUUAUCCAAAGAAAGGGUUGCAUUAUGAAGGUGAUCUACUACUAACCUAUCAGAGAAAACACAUGGGAUCCAUCUCUAAUUCUCUAAUGUAGCCAAAAGUGCCAUUUGUAAAACUACUUGAUGAUGGAUGUUUUCUGAAGCUCUUUUACCUGGGAAAAAAAAAAAAGUGCAUUAAAAAGCUUUUUCUGUACAGUAUUUGAGUUGGAAUCAUUUUCUUCCUACACAGCCCAGUAUUGAUGAGUGUUAUGGAAUAGUCUAUAUGGAAAAUGCCAUAUGGUUGUUUACUACUCUGGGAGAAUGGCAGUAUUUUUAUUUUCAACUAAUUAGUAAAUCAGUUACAUAAUCCAGCAUGUGUAGGGAGCAGGGUAAAGUAUGGGGAUGACUGGUUAUUUGUAUUAACCAAAUAGUAACCAAAAGAACUUUACGUGUUUUUUUUUUCUCAUUUAUUCAUUUAUUCACUCAUUUAUUCAUUCAAGAAACCUCACUGAGGAUUUGUUUUUGGCUGGACACUGUACAUACGCUCUGGGAAGACACAACUGAAUAGACAUGACCCUGAAUCCAGCUCAUCCUCUAAGAGUCCACCUUUGAGUCUAUCUCCUACAAAUCUCUCCAUGCAGAGGGAGGAAUGUGAAAUAAUGGUGUGGAAGCAUGUGAUUGAAUGCUGAAAUGACCAUCCAACCCAAGAACCAGAACACUUGACAGCACUUACGUUUAACUGUAUUCUCCUUCCCAGUCCUUCCCCCACUUUGCCUUACCCAAGGUAACUAUCCUGGUGAAUGUUGAACUGGAA